CUUUAAAAUUAAAAUUUAUUAAAUUUGUAUUGUAUAUUUGUGUCAAUGGAAAAUGAAAAUAUAAAAAAUGUCUAAUAAAAGUAAUAAUGAACUACAAAAAGAGGACGAGCCGUUCGGUUUAGGAUGUGCUUUAGAAUACUUUACCGAACAUGAGGAAGUUCUCAAAAUAAUAGAUAAUCUUAAAAACACUGUAAAUGCCGAAACUUCCAUUGUUGAAAGAACACAUGAAAAGUUUUCUUUUCUUCUUAACCAAUAUAUUGAACAACCUCACCUAAUAGAUUCCCAUAUAAAUGAAAUACUAGAAAAAUUUAUAGAGAUUGUGAGAAAUCCCACAAAUGAUAUGAAACUAAAACAUUUAACAUUUAAAUUCCUUUUUGUUGUUGUGAAUGUAAGAGGAUACAAAGUGAUAAUAAGGCAUCUACCUCAUGAGGUAACAGAUUUUGAACCAGUACUCCAACUUUUAGAAGCUCAAACUCCAGAUGAUGCCAAUACUUGGACCACCCGGUAUAUCUUAUUAUUAUGGUUAUCAAUCAUUGUAAUGAUACCGUUUCAUAUGUCCAGAUUUGAUGGUUUUGAUCAGAAAGAAACUUCCAAAGUUACUGUUAUGGAUAGAAUUUUGAAUCUCAUUAAAACAUAUGCUGUAGUCCCAGAUAAAUGUAGAGAUGCUGCUGCAUGUUUGUCACAUCAGUUCAUCACAAGAAAUGAUGUUAAAGAAAAGCAUCUGUCUUCUUUCUUAGAAUGGGCAAAAGCGUUAAGUCUUUCAAAUGAUAGCAACGUGUUUGUCAUAUAUGGAUCUUUAGCUUGCGUGGCAACUAUAUUGAAACAUGGAAAGAGAGAGGACCUUUUGCCAUAUACGAGAAAUUUACUACAGUGGGUAGUAAAUGCUGAAUUCAAGAACAAAUCUGGCUCAAACAUACAGAAGUUGGUUUAUAAAAUAAUUCAAAGAAUAGGUUUAACAUUUCUUCCUCCAAGGAUAGCUACUUGGAGGUACAAACGAGGAAAUAGAUCAUUAGCUGCUAAUUUAAGCUCAGGAGACAACUCUGUUUCUCGUACAUCAAAUAGCAUUGAAGAAGAGACUGAUACUGAGGAUAUAAUUGACGUACCGGAUGAGAUUGAAGAAGUAAUAGAUCAGCUGAUACAGGGGCUCAGAAGUACCGAUGGAGUAGUGAGGUGGUCAGCAGCCAAAGGAGUGGGCAGAGUAACAGCCAGGCUUCCUAAAGACCUCGCAGAUGAUGUUGUAGGAUCAGUUCUAGAACUGUUUAGUCCUAGAGAAUCAGAUAUGGCUUGGCAUGGUGGCUGUCUGGCUUUGGCAGAAUUGGGUAGGAGAGGACUUCUUCUACCAGAGCGUCUCCCGCAAGUUGUCCCUGUCGUUUUGAAGGCUCUAGUGUAUGAUGAACCAAGAGGUUAUUCCUCUGUAGGCUCUCACAUAAGAGAUGCUGCUUGCUACGUGUGCUGGUCAUUUUCUAGAGCCUAUGACAGCCAAGUGUUGGGCCCUUACGUGAAACAGAUUGCGAGUUCCUUGUUGAUUGUUACGUGUUUUGACAAAGAGAUUAACUGUCGUCGUGCAGCAUCAGCAGCCUUUCAAGAAAACGUAGGUCGCCAAGGAAGCUUUCCUCAUGGAAUAGACAUUCUUACUACUGCUGACUUUUUCUCAGUCAGUAUUCGAAGCAAUGCUUUUCUUAAUAUUAGCGUCUAUAUCGCGCAAUUUCAAGAAUAUUCUAUACCUUUAAUUGAUCAUUUACUCGUUCGAAAAGUCGAUCACUGGGAUCCUUCCAUAAGAGAACUGACUGCGAAAGCUCUACACAAUUUAACGUCAAAUAAUCUUGAAUAUAUGGUACUAUCAGUUCUCCCUAGUCUACUAGAAAAAACAAAUACCAUAGACCUAAACGCAAGGCAUGGCAGUGUCAUAUCGAUUGGUGAGGUUUUGUAUGCCAUAUCAAAAAUUACCAAAAAUCAAUGCAAACCUAUAAGUUCGUCAAUUUCAGAAGAUAUUUUAGAGAAAGUAAAGGCCCUGAUACCCAAAUUUAAAGAAAAACAGUAUUUUAGGGGUUUGGGAGGAGAAUUAAUGAAGCAAGCAUGUUCAGAUUUUAUUGAGAAAUGUUCGCUAGCUUCUUUACCACUUCAUGAAGAUCCUGUAACUGGUGAAUGGCUCCAGCUUGUAAACGAAUGCCUAUCAUACGAGGUCACUACUAUUCGACUAGCUGCAGUUAAAGCCCUUCCUACUCUUCUACAAGAAUACUUCUUCCAAGAUCUUAGUCGAUGUGAUGAAAUUGUUAAACAAUACAUCAAGGAGUUAUCUACAACAACUAAUGAACAAAGUCGAAUGGGCCAUUGUUUGGCUUUAGGAGUUCUACCCAGACUUAUGCUAGAACGAAACUUAGACGCAGUGGUUAGAUCUUUGGUCGAAUGUGCAACUAGUACUCCCAAUACCAUCAAGUGGGCUGAAUGUAGAAGAGAUGCUAUAAAAGCUUUGACUCUUGUAGCUGAAACUAUGGUCGAUAAUAUCGGAAAAGAAUUCACAGAGCAUCAUAUUCAUAGCAUCUACCACAUUCUUUUGGAAGGUUUAAAAGAUUACACUCAAGACAAAAGAGGUGAUAUCGGCGCCUGGGUGAGGGAAGCUUCCGUUUGUGGUCUCCAGUCUCUUACAUUUUUGUUGACAAAACAAUAUCCCCAAAUUUUAACCCCUAAAUUAAUGACUCAAGUUUUGUCGAUGAUAGCACAACAAGCUGUGGAGAAAAUUGAUAGGACCAGGUCAUUGGCCGCAAAAGUGUUUUACAGUUUCAUUUACAAUGAUCCACCUACACCAAAUCUACCCCAUUUCAAUGACUUGGUCAGAAUGUUCCCGAAGACAGAAUGUGAUGUAAUGAACUGGAAUUCAUCAUCAGUUACAUUUCCAAAAUUUGUUCAACUUGUGCAACUGCCGUCUUUUAUUUAUCCAGUGAUGGUUGGACUGGUUUGUAGUGUUGGAGGUCUGACAGAAACACUGGUAAAAGAUUCCAGUUCAUCCUUCUUCAGUUUCCUAAAAGGAGAAUUGAACUCUAAAUCAAAUUUAUUACAAAAUCUAUGUGAUACAAUCAUAGACAUUUUUACAAAUUAUCAAAAAAUAGAUAGGAUCACCGUACCAAUGUUUAGGUUUCUUGAUAAGCUGUUCGAUUCAGGUUGUAUUGAAGACGUUAUAUCUGACGAUAGUUCAGAGUUUGUCAAGAAAACCCUGAAGUUAAUACAGCUAGAGAUUUCAGGAUGUAAAGAUAUUUAUAAAUUAAUCGAUGGCAUCAAUGUUUUAUGUCAAUUUAUUCAGAUGAAGAGAGAAGUCUGUGAUAUAGCUUUAGUACAGUUAAGUAUCCUUCUAUGCCACCGGCAGUCCUAUGUUCGAAGAACAACUUCUAAUAAGUUAUACGAAGCCCUUCUAGUAUAUGGCGAAGAUAGCAAGAUCAAUCCAGAUAACCUCGACACUAUCAUGGCCGUAUUGAGUUCCACUGAUUGGGAAAAACCUAUCGAGGAAAUCAGACCAAUUAGAAACGAAUUGUGCAAUUUGAUGGGUAUUAGGGUGCCGGUGCCAGCGAAGAAAAAAUCAUAAGCUUAUUUUGAGUUCUAAUAGCGUAUAUUUCAAUAAAAUUUUAAAAUGCUUCUAAAAUAUGUUUAGGCUUAUUUUUUUAUAUUUAUUUAUACGAUUAACAAAAAUAUAUUUUAUAUCGCCUGUUCGAUUAAUUGACAAAGACAAUAAACCUAUUAAUAACCCAA